AUGUCCAACCCUCGUCACAAGCCGGGUGCAGUCGUCGUGGCCGUGUCGUACUCACUGAUCAUCACCACCCUCGCCUUUGCCAUUGCCAGAUUCUACACCACGUUCCGGCGGAGACAAGGCUUCAAACUCGGCGACUGGCUCUUUCUGUGUGCAAAUAUCAUAGGCCUCGCACAGAGCAUCGUUGUCGAUCGUGCUGUACAAAAGGGCCUCGGCCAUCACAUUAACGAGCUGUCAGCGUCGCAAGUCGAUGCUUACUUCAAGUUCCUCUACAUAUCGCAACUGCUCUCCAUUGCUGUUCAAGGGCUCUCGAAAGCCUCAGUUGUUAUCUUGAUUUCGAAGCUUGACAACAAGAAGACGACGAGGCAGCAAUGCUAUAUCAUCCAUGGGCUGACUGCGUUCUGGGUUCUGUUCUCUGUCCUCACAGUCGCUUUCCAGUGCGGCUUCCCCAGCCCAUGGGUCUUCAGCAAGUCGAAAUGCACGGCGGGAGGUAAUCUUUACUACGUGGUGAUCGUCUUGAACAUCAUUACGGAUGCUAUCAUCUCGACGUUUUUCCUACCCGUGAUAUGGAAGCUACAGAUGUCGAAACGAGAGCGCACCAUCGUCAGCACCAUCUUUGCUUCUCGACUGAGUGUCUGCGCCACCUCAAUCGGCGAAUGCGUCGUCCUAGGCUCUUAUCUGAACUCCACCGACUUCACCUUCAAGGCCGUCGCGCCCGCCAUCCUCGCCGCCGUGACCAUGAACCUCUCCAUCCUCACCGCCGGCAUCCCCAACGUGCACCGCUUUCUCGCGGACCUGCAAACCGGCCAAAUGGGCACGCGCCUGACCGAAGACCAGAUCGAGUCGUCGGGCGCCGGCUCGCGCCAGCGCUCCUACUUCUCGCGCUCGGGCGGCAAGAACUCAAAGUCCUCCAACAGCGGCCUCUCGCUGAAGCUGACGCCCAUCCACCGGGGCGGGGUGACGACGACGUGCACGACGAACGAGGGGGGCGAGGGGCAGGGGAGGGGCCAGCGGGAUGAGGUGGAUGAGGACGGGAGCACGAGCAGCUUGAAGCGGAAUGUGGUCAUGCAGACACGGGAAAUUUCGGUGGAUUAUGAGAGUAAUCCGGAUUAUAGGGGUGGGGAGAGUGUCGAGGGAGGGGGAAGGAGGAGGGUGUGAUGGGGCUGUGAAGGCCUUU